GUAGUUCAGAUCGUGACCUCAUAGAGCCACAGCGCAAUCAAAGGCACUCAGGGCCACGCCCUGAAUUGUUUGUGGACCAGACUGGGCCUCCGCCACUGCGAAGUACGCCUCCAUAAUUCGAGGAAUGUGAGUUCUGCAGGCGAGGAGGCCCGGCGGAGGAUGAGGGAGUGCGAGGGCCUGACAGACGCUCUGCUCUACGUCAUCCAGACCGCUCUGGGGAGCAGUGAGAUCGACAGCAAGACUGUAGAGAACUGCGUGUGCAUCCUGAGGAACUUGUCGUACCGUCUGGCCGCAGAGACGUCUCACAGCCAGCAGGGGGGGUCGGAGGAGCUGGACGGUCUGUUGUGUGACACCGGCGGCAAGGACGCAGAGAGCUCCGGAUGCUGGGGCAAGAAGAAGAAGAAAAAGAAGGGGCACGACCAGUGGGACGGCGUCGGCCCAUUUCCAGAAUUGGCGGAACCCCCGAAGGGCAUCCAGAUGUUGUGGCACCCCACCAUCGUCAAGCCCUACCUCACACUGCUGUCGGAGUGCUCCAACCCAGACACCCUGGAGGGAGCAGCUGGGGCUCUGCAGAACCUAGCUGCUGGCAGCUGGAAGUGGUCGGUGUAUAUCCGGGCCGCAGUGCGUAAGGAGAAGGGCCUUCCCAUCCUGGUGGAGUUGCUGAGGAUAGACAACGACCGAGUGGUUUGUGCCGUGGCCACCGCGCUGAGAAACAUGGCUCUGGACAUCAGGAACAAGGAGCUCAUUGACAUAGUCCCAAAGUCGUGAAAGCAGCAUCUCAAGUCCUGAACAGCAUGUGGCAAUACAGAGACCUCCGCAGCCUCUACAAAAAGGACGGCUACUCCCAAUACCAUUUCGUCGGCUCCUCCUCCACGAUAGAGAGGGACAGACAGCGCCCUUAUUCUUCCUCUCGCACUCCGUCCAUCUCUCCCGUACGGACCUCACCCAACAAUCGAUCAGCGAGCGCCCCUGCUUCCCCCAGGGAGAUGGUGGUGCUGAAGGAGAGGAAGGCAGACUACGAGUCGACUGGCAAUGCCAGUUACCAUGGCAACAAGGGUGAACACAUAUCCCGGAAAGACGCCAUGAUGGGUCAAAUCUCCAGUGGGUCUUCCACGCUGCACAGAGGAGCAUACGUGUCGCCCACUGAUGACCUGAAGUACAACCAGAUCUCAUCUCAAGGCCUGCCUUCAGAGCCCUACUCUCCUUUGCAAAACCCUCCCCCGCCCGAAAGCGUCAACUACGAGGACCAGGCCUUCUACGAGAACCAGGUUCACGCGGGAGUGCGCGCCCCGCAUGUUUGUGAUCAACUACUGCGAGAAAGUUCAGCAGAACAGAAAGACCUCCUGCGCCCGAAGGCCUCCGGAUACAGAACGUAAGAGGGACGGACACAACGAAAAAGAACGUGGAGGGGAACGAUGGAAGUGUGUAUGGAGGUGAAGAAGGACAACGAAAAGAGAACAAUUAAUCGCUGGACUCAAAGAGUGGAAAAGCUUUUUUGGGGGUUUGCGAAAUGGAACAUGUAAGAGCACCCGGGAGAAAACCUGUAAAUAUGUGGUAUAGCAACAUGGCUUUUAGUAAUGUGAAGCACAAGAAGCAGAGCUGUAGGACAUGUAGGACGUCUGUCACACAAACCUUUGUUUCUCUCUGUGGCUCCAGUGUGAUGUAUCCUCCUCUGGGCGAAGAGCGCCUCUGGACUGGUCAUUUGUAACUUAUUGUAAACUUGUCAUUUAUUUUCUUUUUCUUUUGUUGUGUUUCUACUUUUUUUAUUCUCGAUUCUGGUUGUAUAGUACUUGAUGUACACUACAUUUAACGAGAUGCAUUGUGUACUGUACAUUGCACUACUUUCUGUGUCAUGUCGGGCCUCUUUUGCCAUUGGUUCAACCUCACGUCCUCACUAACUAUCCCCCACCGUAAACACACACACACACGAUUCCUGCACUUUUUCAGAACUCAUGUUAAAAGGUCCCGACUUCGUAUAUCGAUAACAAAUGAUUGAUCAUCGGCCACGUGACGGAGAACAACCACAACUUAGAUUCUUGAAUUUCAUGGAUUCUUGCAUGGAAAAAAACAUUUCUGAUUAAUUGGUUUCAUUAUGCUACAUAGCAGAACAAUUUCACCCAUGAAUGCAUGAUAAUUUGUUGUCAGUAAAUCUGAAACUAAAUGGGGAUUAAUUCUU